AUAAAACUUAACUCUGCUUCAUAAGAACAUGGAGGAAGUGAGAGGACUCACAAAGAAGAUCUUGGAUUAUCGCCUUGAAAAUAAUGGCGAGGGAAAAGGUUAUAAUCACAUCAUGAUGCAGAUAUUUGGAUAUAUGGGAAAUGGGAAAUCCUCCCUGAUCAACUCUCUGAUGUCCAUCGUGAAAGAAGAGAGGUAUAGAACACUAGCACCUGUAGCAACUGGACAUGAAAAGAAUGGUGCAUUGACUACACAUAGAACAUCCUACCCACUGACAGAUACCAUCACUCUGGUAGACAAUCGAGGGUUUGGACCAAUGGACAGUUAUGAAGAACAGGAAAUUUAUGCCCAACUUGCUAACAUCUUGCCUCUGAAUGAAAAGGUUAUUUGGGAGAAGUCUUUUAUGGAUACAGUUAUAAAAGUCCAGGGGUCAGUGGAGAACAGGAAAGAUCUUCUUGUGCCACUUUACAUCUACAGCGCUGAACAAGGAUGUUCAAGUAAACCAAAUGACAUCAAAACAUUCCUUCAGAAUUGUCAGAAAAUGACAGGAAUCCUUCCAAUUAUUGUUCUUACAAAAAGCACGAGUAGUAAACUGGCGGGUGUCUGCAAGCAAUUCCAAGAUAUGGGAAUGGAGAGUAUAAUUGCGAUCGAAAACUACAUUCCUGAGAACAACAUAAGAACACCUGGAAAGGACACAAAGUUACUUUCAGUAUUAACAGAGGCGCUGAGGCUUGUAGAUUUUAGGAUUCAGACCUUAAGUGAUCCUGAAGCGGACCACAAUGAACGUAUGAAGUUGUUACUCAGUCUGGCAAAUGAGAGGGAGAUAGAAAAGGUUAGAGAAGAGGAAAGGAAAAAAAUUGAUGAAGAGCUGCAAAUGAAGAAACAGAAGAAAUGGUAUUUUUGGUAAAGUAGUUUACCAAAGCUGCUUUUUAUUCAUUUUAUCAUUUCUAUAUAAAUGAAUGACUUUGUAAGGAUUAUCCUAAAUUACCGUAUCUGAUUUCUAUUUACCGUAAAUAUACUUUUGAGUAAACUCAACUGUGAAUCACAAAGAUCGUUAAUAUAUCCUUAAUACAACAAAAGUAACCAAAUGGGUUGCUGGAAAUGAAAUUAUUAGGGGACAGAACAUAGUAAUAGGGUAACAAUGUAUAAAAGUAUAUCACUCACAAAAAUCAAUAAUUAAAUUGUAGUGCAGAUUGGCAAGUUGCUUUUAAAAAAUCUAUUCAUGUAUUUUCCUGUAAUGUCUAUUAUUAUUAAUAAAUGCAGUAAGGUUA